AUGUCGUCGAACGGGUACCAGGAGUGCGAGGCGGCGGCGUGCAACGCGUCCUACGACGAGGUGCUGACGAACCUGAGCCCCUACGGCUGGGCCUACAUGGGCAUCGCCUUCGGCCUCGGCCUGAGCGUCGUCGGCGCGGCCUGGGGCAUCUGGCUCACGGGGUCGUCGCUCGUCGGCGCCGCCGUCAAGGCGCCGCGCAUCCGGAGCAAGAACCUCAUCUCCGUCAUCUUCUGCGAGGCGACGGCCAUCUACGGCGUCAUCCUCGCCAUCCUGCUCCUGAGCAAGAUCGGCGACGGGGGCGAGACCAAGUCCGGCAGCCUGCCCGACGACUGGAACUACAACCAGUGGUACUUUGCGGGCUACGCGCUCUUCUCCUCCGGCAUGUCCGUGGGGCUCACGAACGUCGCGAGCGGCAUCUCCGUGGGCAUCGCCGGGAGCUCCUGCGCCCUUGCCGACGCCCAGGACGCGAGCCUCUUCGUCAAGAUCCUCAUCGUGGAGAUCUUCGCGUCCGCGCUCGGCAUCUUCGGCAUCAUCGUCGGCAUCAUCCAGUCCAACGACGCCGAGUUCCCCUCGUCGUAG